AUGAUCAAAGCGCAAAAAGUUGGGGUUAAGAAAAAUGUUGGAUUAAUUGAAUUUAAUCGACCUAAGGCACUGAAUGCGUUAUGCGAUCAACUUAUGACAGAACUUAUUCAGUCACUUUCUGAAUUUGACAAAGAUGAAUCAAUUGGCGCAGUUGUAAUCACUGGAUCUGAACGUGCUUUUGCUGCAGGUGCAGAUAUAAAAGAAAUGACGGAAAAAGAUUUUGCGAAAGUUUAUUAUGAUAGUUUUUUGGAUCGCUGGUGUGAAUUAACGAAAGUGAAAAAACCGGUUAUCGCCGCUGUGAAUGGGUUCGCAUUAGGAGGGGGAUGUGAAUUGGCAAUGAUGUGCGACAUUAUUUAUGCUGGAGAUAAGGCACAAUUUGGGCAACCUGAAGUGAAUAUUGGGACAAUUCCAGGUGCUGGUGGUACUCAAAGAUGGGCUCGCACUGCUGGCAAAUCAAUGACUAUGGAACUUUGUUUAACUGGUAAUCGCAUAUCGGCUAAAGAAGCGAAAGAAUGUGGACUUGUCUCUAAAAUAUUUCCCGCCGAAAAGUUAGUUGAGGAAGCAAUCAAAACUGCUGAAAAAAUAUCGGAACAUUCGCCACUUAUUGUGGCAAUGAUCAAAGAAGCAGUAAAUGUUGCUUAUGAAACGACGCUUCAAGAAGGUUUACGCUUCGAACGAAGAAUGUUCUACACCACAUUUGCUACUAAUGAUCGUAAAGAAGGAAUGGCAGCAUUUGUCGAAAAACGUUCACCAAAGUGGACUUCAUCUUGA